AUGUUCCGGCUUGCUACCGAGACCAUCGAAUAUCCUUGGGAAGUGUCCGGCUGGAACGGAUAUUGCUCCGGAUUCCAACAAUGCAGCUACAAGUUUACCUUUACAGCUGAGGGUAACGAGACCGCAUCGCCACAGCUUCCCUUCGUCAAGGCCAGCUGUCAGGGCAGCGGCCCGGGUCCUGCGUUUGCCCAAUGCGACAUCCUGGAAACCGACGAUACCCCUACUGCUGUGUCGGCAAAGUUAUUGCCGAGCCCGCCGAGCUCAAACCAGACGCUGAACGGCACGCUGCAACCCGCAGAGAUCCAGAUCUCGGUCCAGCACAUCGACUUUAACAACGACAACAUCCAGUGGAACUAUACCGGGACUGCCAGAACUGUAUACAAUGGCGAGGACGCUGCUGCCGCCCUCAGCUUCAGCCUGAAGCCGACCGAGAUAUGGGGCAUCGCCUGA